CUUUUCGGAGUGGUAUCCUUACUCCAUCCCUCGCUAUUAAUUCCCAUAGUCAAUUCAAACUAGUUGACUAGUCUCCCGAUUUCGGUUUCUCUGUGGAGCCAGUUCGUCGUUCGUCUCCCAAGGCAGGUCCUUUGUGUGCGAGCCGUAUCGAGCCGUAUAAUUCCUACUGUUCACCGUCUUUGUCCCUCCUAUUAUUCUCUACUACACACUAUCGUGCAUCACCUCCAGCAACCAUGUCGGAAGAAGCAGGACACCAGGAGCAGCCUCCCAUCGCGCCGGUCCAAACUGCGAAGAAUGAACCCUCCGCCAAUGUACAAGAGAAAACAUUCCGGCCCGGCCGCUUGACGCCACGCCCCAGCUUCCUAGAAAAUCUCGCCAAUUCCCGCGACAGACAAUUCAUGCUUGACCGACGCAAUUCGAGCGAACUCAAUCGAUAUUUUCAUGGCCCCCGUGAUCUCGACAGACACUCCAAAUGGCCCCUCGCCUUCCGGAUGCACGGCAGUAUCAUGCCCAAAAUGAUUCUCCCCCUGUUUUUGGUUGCCCUCUGGGCUACUGCGAUCACCUGCAUCUCUCGCUUCGUACAUUCUCUUGGCAUCAAUAGUAUUCUGCUCACAAUCACCGGUUUCGUGGUCAGUUUGGCGCUUUCGUUCCGCAGUUCUACCGCCUAUGAGAGAUGGGCGGACGGACGCAAAUACUGGGCACUGCUGAUCCAGACCUCCCGCAACCUCGCACGGACAAUCUGGGUAAAUACAGCUGAGCGCGAGGGAGAACUAGGAAAAGAGGAUCUGCUGGCGAAGCUGUAUGCUACCCGGAUCACAAAGUCAAAAAAUGCAUAUGCUAACAUUAGUAGGACGGCCUUCAACCUCAUCCUUGCCUUUGCCGUCGCCCUCAAACAUAAGCUGCGUUUCGAGCCUGAUGUCGGCUACGAAGAUCUGGCAGGCCUGAUUGGUCACCUCGACACCUUUGCAAAAGAGGCACACGACCGUCAAGUCCUGCAGCCCCCGAAGAAGUCUGUCUGGAAAGAGAUCGGUGAAUCUCUGGGAGUUUCGUUUGCAGAGUCCAACCCACGCAAGCUCAUCAAGCGGUCCAAGAAGCCUUUGGGACACCUGCCGCUGGAGAUCCUGAACCACCUGUCCGCCUACAUCGACCGCUGCAUUGGCAACGGAACCUUGACCUGCGGUCUUCACCAAAGUCAAGCCAUCAACGGUAUCUCUAGCUUGAACGAAUGUCUUACCGGAACGGAGCGUGUCCUCGAUACCCCUCUUCCCGCCGCAUACACCAUCUCCAUCGCCCAGAUCUCCUGGAUCUAUGUCAUGGUUCUUCCCUUCCAGAUGUACAACUACCUGGGCUGGAUCACCAUUCCCGGCUCUAUUGUCGCCGCAUACAUCAUCCUCGGCCUUGCCUUCAUCGGCAGCGAAAUCGAGAACCCCUUCGGACACGACGUCAAUGAUCUGCCCCUGGAGACCUACUGCCGCCAACUCGCCAACGAGCUCGACAUCAUCUCCGCCAUGCCCCCGCCCAAGUUGGACGAGUUUGGUGUCCGCGAGGAUAACUUUGUGCUCUUCCCUCUGAGCACCUCCGGCUACAACGAGUGGAAGGAACGCUCCGUCGACGAGAUCCGCGCCGCCCUGCGGUCGAAAGUCGUCGCCAACACGGACCCAGCAGGGUCGGAGACGACGACCAUGGUCGGAAGUAUGAGCAGCAAGCAGUCGUCGGUUUGAGAGUUGUCGUGAGCCGUGCAAUAUUAUGAUAGAAGAGUUUGAAGUUUGGGGGGAUAAUGUGCAUCUGUCACUGCAGUGAGGGGGGACCAAAAUUUGGGAUCGGGCGUCUUCGUUUUUUCGAGCAUGCGAGUCUGGUGUUAAUUGUCGUUGGGCAAGGGUUGCCUCAUAAAUGAUGGAUGGACGGGUUAGAUGUCUGUACG